UAAGAAAAUCGUUCCAGUGAGAUUUCUCGCUGAAAACACUGGAACUCUGGAAGAAUCUGAACGUCCAAUGGGGUUCCAGAAUUCAAGAGCUGGAAAAAGUACACUUGGUAACUUGCUUCUCGGUCAGCCACAUGAUGAAGGACCUUUUAUAGUUUCAGAAAAGAUGGACUCCUGCACGCAAUUAUGUGUCGAGUCAGAAGUGACAAUUGAUGAUCAGAAAUUUAAUAUUGUUGACACACCAGGAAUUUUUGAUACAAGUAGACCUAACGAAGAAAUCUACAAAGAAAUUGCCGAAACAGUUCAAAAAUGUGCUUAUGGUAUCAAAGCAAUUCUUUUUGUUUUCGAAGCAAAGCGGUUUACCGAAGAACAAGGAAAUGUCCUAAAUGGCAUAAAAGCAUUUCUUGGAGAAAGUGCAUUGAAUUAUAUAAUUGCAGUUUUUUCACAUGCAACAAAAAAACAGAAUGCAGACAAGGAUGAAAUGCGAAAAGCUUGGAAUCCAGCCAUUUCCACCUUCAUUGGUAGCAUAGGAAACCGGUGGGGGAUAUCACCAGAUUCAGAUUAUUUUCCUCCAGAACAUGAAAACCACCAAUUAAGAUUAAGAGAGAUUAAAGAUUUCAUCAUCAGUACAUCAGGAUUUUAUACUACGGAUAUAGCAUAUCAAGAAGAAAUGAUUAGAAUGAAAAAUGAAUUUGAACAAAAGCAACAAGAGUCUUUAACUACGAUUACAAAUCAAAUUGCGGACUUGAUAGAAAGGAUUAAAGGUUUAGUGAUUGUGCGGAUUAAACGAAAUGAGCCAGUUGAAGCAAUACCAGUAGUUUCUGAAGGAUCUCAAAUUAACCUUAGAUAUCCAGUAAUCCUCUUAGUAGGAAGAACAGGCAAUACUCUCGGUAACUUGCUUCUCAAUCAGCCAUAUGAUGAAGGUCCUUUCAUUGUUUCAGAUAAUAUGGCUUCCUGCACACAAGUAUGCGGCGAGUCAGAGGUGAUAAUCGAUGGCGCGAGAUUUAAUAUUGUCGAUACACCAGGAAUUUUUGACACAAGUAAACCUGAUGAGGAAAUUUAUAAAGAAAUUGCUAAAACAGUUCAAAAAUGUGCUUAUGGUGUCAAAGCUAUCCUUUUUGUUUUCGAAGCAAAACGGUUUACCAAAGAACAAGGAAAUGUCCUAAAUGGCAUAAGAGCAUUUCUUGGUGAAGGUGCAUUGAAUUAUAUAAUCGCUAUUUUUUCUCAUGCAACAAAAAAACAGAAUGCAGACAGGGAUGAAAUGCGAAAAGCUUGGAAUCCGACUAUUACCUCCUUCAUUGGGAAAAUAGGAAACCGGUGGGGGAUAUCUCCAAAUUCUGAUUACUACCCUCCAGAACAUGAAAAACACCAAUCAAGAUUGAGAGAGAUCAAGGACUUCAUCAUGAGCACAUCAGGUUGUUACACUACAGAUAUGUUGGAAUCAGCUCGACAAGAGCAAGAGAAAAUCCAACGUGAAAAGCAAGAGGAAGAAAAUCGAUUAAGAGUAGAGCACGAAGAAAGGUUAAGAAGAGAAGGAAAAGAGAAAGCUGAUAAAGAAUUUCAAGAACAAAUGAUUAGAAUGAGAAGCGAAUUUGAUCAAAAACAAAAUGAAUCUUUAGCUGCGAUGACAAAUAAAAUUUCGGAAUUGCAAAGACAGCUUGCAGAUAGGGACGGAGGCUGUUUUGCUCUUGAUACAAAGGUGCAACUUUCCAACGGUAAAUUGAUAGAAAUGGCUGAACUCCAAGUCGGUGAUAUUGUUUUAAGUAAUGUAAAAAAUAACCAUCUCGAGUUUUCGGAAGUUUAUCUGAUAUCUCAUCUGGGACAUCGCGAUCAACUCGCUGAUAUGGCAAAACUUAACUUCACAAACCCUGAUGGAAGUAAAGGUUAUAUUCGUAUGACACCUACUCAUUGCAUUUUCAAUAGUGAUUUAUCACUCUUAUAUGCUCAUGAUAUAGUACCAGGUGAAACCAAAAUACUAGUUCUGAAUAAAUUAAAUGAACUUGUUCCUGUUGUUAUUGAUUGGCUUGAUAUUGAAAAAGACACUAGUUAUAUCAGUUUUUAUACACGUUCUGGCACAGUAGUUGCAAACAAUAUGUUGUGCUCAUGCUAUGAUGAUUGCCCGAAAUCACAACUUUUAAUGGACCUGGUAUUUGCACCAAUUCGGUUGUGGACUAAAGUUUUUCCUUCUACCCAUCGUCAAAAAGAACUUCACCUAUAUGCGCAAAUAUUGGAAACUUCUUAUGUUCUUUGGUGCAAAGUAACAAUACCAGUAUUUUCCGAAGGUUCUCAAAUCAACCUUAAUUAUCCCAUACAGUAUUAUCAAGGUGCUGGAAAAAGUACUCUUGGUAACUUGCUUCUCGACCAAUCACAUGACGGCGGACCUUUUGUUGUUUCAGAUGCGAUGGAUUCCUGUACACAAAUAUGUAGAGCGUCAGAAGUUACAAUUGAUGGUCAGAAAUUUAACAUCGUCGACACACCGGGAAUUUUUGAUACAAGUAAACCUGACGAGGAAGUCUUCAAAGAAAUUGCCAAAACAGUUCAAAAAUGUGCACAUGGAGUAAGAGCUAUCCUUUUUGUUUUUGAAGCAAAACGAUUUACAGAAGAACAAAAAAAUGUUCUGAAUAAUAUAAAAACGUUUCUUGGAGAAGAUGCAUUGAAUUAUAUGAUUGCAGUUUUUUCUCAUGCAACAAAAAAACAGAAUGAAGACAAGGAUGAAAUGCGAAAAGCUUGGGAUCCGACUGUUGCUUAUUUCAUUAGUAGUAUAGGAAACCGGUGGGGGAUAUCUCCAAAUUCUGAUUACUUCCCUCCAGAACAUCAAAAACACCAAUUAAGAUUAAGAGAGAUUAAAGACUUCAUCAUAAGCACAUCAGGUUCCUACACUACACAUAUGUUGGAAUUAGCCAGACAAGAGCAAGAGAGAAUUCAACGUGAAAAGCAAGAGGAAGAAAGACGGAUAAGGGAAGAGCACGAAGAAAGGUUAAGAAGAGAAGAGAAAGAGAGAGCUGAUAGAGCACAUCAAGAAGAAAUCAACAGAAGGAAAGAGGAAUUUGAACAAAGACAAAGGGAGUCUUUAGCUGCGAUGGCAAAUCAAGCUGCGGAAUUGCAAAGACAGCUUGCAAAUAGGGAUGAAGGCUGUUUUGCUCUUGAUACAAAGGUGCAACUUUCCAACGGUAAAUUGAUAGAAAUGGCUGGACUUCAAGUUGGUGAUUUUGUUUUAAGUAAUGUAAAAAAUAACCAUCUCGAGUUUUCGGAAGUUUAUUUGAUAUCUCAUCUGGGACAUCACGAUCAACUCGUUGAUAUGGUAAAACUUAUAUUCACAAACCCCGAUGGAAGUAAAGGUUAUAUUCGUAUGACACCUGCUCAUUGCAUUUUUAAUAGUGAUUUAUCACUCUUAUAUGCUCAUGAUAUAGUACCAGGAGAAACCAAAAUUCUAGUUUUGAAUAAAUCGAAUGAACUUGUUCCUGUUGUUAUUGAUUGGCUUGAUAUUGAAAAAGACACUAGUUAUAUCAGUUUUUAUACACGUUCUGGCACAGUAGUUGCAAACAAUAUGUUGUGCUCAUGCUAUGAUGAUUGCCCGAAAUCACAACUUUUAAUGGACCUGGUAUUUGCACCAAUUCGGUUGUGGACUAAAGUUUUUCCUUCUACCCAUCGUCAAAAAGAACUUCACCCAUAUGUGCAAAUCUUGGAAACUUCUUAUGUUCUUUGGUGCAAAGCGUUAAAGAAAAUUAAAAUGAUUGGAAAAAAAGCUGUGAUUUUUUUAAUUCAUUAUUCAGCCACAAAAAUGCCUUGA